AUGCACUGCAAGAUGAACUUCCGGUCCACCAAGCGUCUUCCUCACAAGCUCGUUCUUCUCCUUGACCCCGCCGUCCACGCGCGCCAGCACGGCCAAACAUGCCAAAAGGCCAACGACGCGGCCACAAGUCUGGACGUCCCGUCGAAAGGCCGAGCCACGAAGAUCAGGCACGUCAAGUUCGUGCUGAGCAGCAACCCGCCAAAGGACUGGAGUAUCAGCCGAACGGCGGUGGUCGGGGCCGGCAGCUGGCUGGCAGGGUUGAGUAUAAAGGAGCAAGCGGCGGCCGUCUCGAUGGCCACGUGUAGGAGAAAGGGGAGUUUAGCGGCGUGGAGUAGCGCCAUCGUGGGGGGAAACAGGAAGGCGGAGGAGACGGAGGGUGGUGGUGUGGCCAACGAGGGCUGA